UUAGAACAAAUGUCUGCUGUAGCAACUGCAUCAGUAACAACGCCCCGUCAAAGUCCUCGAGAUAAAGCAAUCGCGGACUAUAGAAAAAAACUACUCGAACACCGGGAAACAGAAUCCAAACUCAGAGAAAUCCGGGAGCAACAAAAGGAGCUGUCCAAACAGUUUGACAAGUCCGAGAAUGCAUUGAAAGCGCUUCAAAGUGUUGGCCAAAUUGUUGGAGAGGUUCUCAAGCAAUUGACACCAGACAAGUUUAUUGUCAAAGCAACAAAUGGUCCGCGCUACGUAGUUGGAUGUAGACGAGCAUUAGACAAAAGCAAGCUUAAGUCGGGAACAAGGGUUGCUCUUGAUAUGACUACUCUCACAAUAAUGCGAUAUCUGCCUAGAGAAGUUGAUCCAUUGGUAUAUAACAUGACGCAUGAAAGUCCUGGAGAUGUGUCGUAUACGGAAAUCGGAGGUCUUGGGGAACAAGUGAGGCAGCUGCGAGAAGUCAUUGAAUUGCCUCUGAUUAACCCUGAGUUGUUUCAACGCGUAGGCAUCACUCCGCCCAAAGGUUGCCUGCUUUAUGGGCCUCCAGGUACUGGAAAGACGUUGCUUGCCAGAGCCGUUGCUUCACAGCUGGACGCAAACUUUUUGAAGGUAGUUUCAUCGGCUAUCGUUGACAAGUACAUCGGGGAGAGCGCUCGGUUGAUCCGAGAAAUGUUCAAUUACGCCCGAGAUCACCAACCAUGUGUUAUUUUUAUGGACGAAAUCGAUGCAAUCGGUGGCCGAAGGUUUUCUGAGGGAACUUCUGCUGAUCGAGAGAUCCAGCGAACUCUAAUGGAAUUGCUCAACCAGAUGGACGGAUUUGACACCCUUGGGAAAGUUAAAAUGAUAAUGGCCACGAACCGGCCAGAUACUCUGGACCCAGCUCUGUUACGACCAGGCCGACUCGAUAGGAAAAUCCAAAUUGACCUGCCCAAUGAGCAAGGACGACUGGAUAUCAUCAAAAUUCACUCAGCCAAAAUUACAAAGCACGGAGAUAUUGAUUUUGAAGCACUGACAAAAUUGUCUGAUGGAUUUAAUGGAGCGGACUUAAGAAACGUCUGCACCGAAGCAGGAAUGUUUGCAAUUCGUGGAACCCGAGAUUACGUCACCCAGGAAGAUUUUAUGAAGGCUGUUCGAAAAGUGAACGAGGCGAAAAAAUUGGAGACGAAACUAGACUAUAAGCCAGUGUAAAUUUGCUGAACUGUGAAUUGGUUGAUGUUAUUAAAGCUGUUGCUUUAAUGAUGAGAAGAAAGAAACAAAUAAAUUGUCUGAUUGAGCCUUUAAGUGAAUUUAUUAUUAGUUAUCGA